CCUCUAUAAAUUGAGAGAGACCCAUCUCUUCUCUCUUCUCGAUCUCUGAAAGCUUUCACCUUUUAGCUCUUUUCUUCGCUCACACGCCUUAAAAGUUCACACCUUUCUCCUCUGUUUUCUCUUCUCCCCUUAAAAUGAAAGAGUAUUGGACAUCACUAGCAUCACUCCUCGGCGUCUUAGCUUUCUGCCAAAGCCUAAUGCAAUCAAUCUUCCCGCCGGAGCUCCGUUUCGCCUUCCUCAAAUUCUUCAACCGAAUCUUCCACCUCUUCUCCUCCUACUGCUACUUCGACAUAACAGAGAUCGACGGCGUCAACACCAACGAGCUUUACAACGCCGUCCAGCUCUACCUCAGCUCCUCCGUCUCCAUCGCCGGCAACCGUCUAAGCCUCACCCGCGCCGUCAACUCCUCCUCCAUCACGUUCGGCCUCUCCAACAACGACUCCAUCGUCGACACCUUCAACAACGUCACCGUCCUCUGGGAACACGUCGUCACGCAGAGACAAACUCAGACGUUCGCUUGGAGACCGUUGCCCGAGGAGAAGCGCGGCUUCACUCUCUGCAUCAAGAAGAGAGACAAAGCCUUGAUCCUGAGCUCUUACCUCGACUACAUCAUGGAGAGAGCCAACGAGAUCCGUCGGAAGAACCAGGACCGGUUGCUUUACACGAACUCGCGAGGCGGGUCGCUGGACUCGAGGGGGCAUCCGUGGGAGUCUGUCCCUUUCAAGCACCCGAGCACGUUCGAGACUCUCGCGAUGGAUCCGGUCAAGAAGCAGCAGAUCAUGGAUGAUCUCAAGGACUUUGCGGAAGGGCAAAUGUUUUAUCAGAAAACGGGCCGGGCUUGGAAGAGAGGUUAUUUGCUAUAUGGCCCUCCGGGUACUGGUAAGUCGAGUAUGAUCGCAGCGAUGGCGAAUCAUCUCGGUUACGACAUUUACGAUCUUGAGCUCACUGAGGUUCAUAGCAACUCCGAGUUGAGGAAACUGUUGAUGAAGACGAGUUCUAAGUCGAUAAUUGUGAUCGAAGACAUAGACUGUUCGAUUAAUUUAACAAACAGGAAGAAGAACAGCAAUGCGACCACGCAGCGGAGCUAUUACGACAUGGAGACACGACUAGGGACUGGUUCGGGGGAAGAGUCUGGUAACGGCGGGAACACGAUAACGUUGUCGGGUUUGUUGAACUUUACUGAUGGGCUUUGGUCUUGUUGUGGAAGCGAGAGGAUCUUUGUGUUUACGACGAAUCAUAUCGACAAGCUUGAUCCUGCAUUGCUUAGGAGUGGGAGGAUGGAUAUGCAUAUACACAUGAGUUACUGUGAUUUCCCUUCGUUGAAGAUUUUGUUGAAGAAUUAUUUGGGGUAUGAGGAGGAAGAUGUGGACGACGACGUCUUGAAGGAGAUGGAGAGAGUUGUGGAGAAGGCGGAGAUGACGCCUGCUGACGUGAGCGAGGCUUUGAUCAAGAACAGGAGGGAUAAGGAUAGGGCGGUUAGGGAGCUGUUGGAGGAUGUGAAGAGUAGAGGGGAUGGGAAUGUGAAAGAUGGGAAUGUGAAAGAUGGGAAGUUGAGGGGUCAGAGUGGAAAUUUGACUGAGUUAGAAAUUUUGGAGGAGGAAGAGAAGAGGGCUAUAGAUAGUCAAAAUGAAGAAGAGGAUAGUGAUGAAGAAGAAAUUGAGGUUGAGGAUAAUAUUUGUAAAGACUAGAGAAGAUCAACAAUGUUUUUGUUUUUGUUUUUGAAGUCUAUAAUGUAAAACAAAAAUGGUGAAAAGUUGUGAUCUUUCCUCUUUUUCUUUAUUUUGUUUUGUUGUUGACUUUUGUUGUUGAAGAAGUAGAUGAAAAUGUGAAGAAGGCAGAACAAUAACAAAUUAGGAUUGUAAAAAUUUAACUAAAAGAAAGUGAGAGGAAA